AUGGGUUUUCUACGCCGUCGCUCGAUGAUGCAGGCCCUCCUGCUCACCAUAAUAUUCUCUGCCUAUGCCUAUGGUGCAAAUGUGAAAACAACAGGGCAAAUGGUUUCUUUCCAAGUCAAUCUAACUUGGAGCGAUUAUCAGCCUGCUGGGAUUCCCCGAAAGAUGAUCCUGGCUAACGGCCAGUUCCCAGCGCCGGCGUUGAGAUUGAAGCAGGGAGACGAUGUCGAAUUCUUGGUCAACAAUGAGAUGCCUUUCUCCACUACUGUUCACUUUCAUGGCAUUGAGCAGCAGGGUACCCCCUGGUCCGACGGUGUUCCCGGUCUUUCGCAACGGCCCAUUCCUCCCGGUGAAUCGUUCCUUUAUAAAUGGCGAGCAACGAACUAUGGAAGCUACUUUUACCACGCUCACAGCCGGGGUCAGCAGGAAGAUGGUCUUUACGGAGCGAUUCAUAUUCUGGCUGAUGAUUCGAUUGAAAGACCAUUUGCUUUGAUAUCAGAGGAUGAACAGGAGAUUCAGUCUAUGAGAAGGGCUGAGAGCGAAUCUAUCCCUAUCAUGCUGUCGGAUGUGCGGAGCCUCACCUCGGCGGAAAUCUGGGAUGCUGAAAAGGCCAUGGGACGUGAUGCGCUGUGUGCAAAUGCUUUGCUGGUGAACGGCAAGGGGUCCGUGACCUGCCUAGGACAGCAGACCAUUGAUGAGUACACCUCCGUUGCGCAAAGGGGUGUUUUGGGAAACCAGAGCUUGACUGACAUAGGAUGUCUUCCGCCAGACAACCUUUUGGCGCAGGGUCCAUGGUCACACAACCUCAGCGCCAUUCCUCCAACGGUAUUUUCUGAUUGUAUCCCAAGCCAUGGUCUAACAGAACGGUUCUACCCGGACGCUACCAAUCGAUACGCCAGCUUCGACUUGGUUAGUGCGGCGUUAGUUUCGACGAUCACCUUUUCAAUUGAUGAGCAUCCCAUGUAUGUCUAUGCUAUCGACGGAAGUUACAUCAACCCCAUCGAAGCCGACGGAAUCACCAUAACGAACGGAGCUAGGUAUUCAGUGCUAGUGAAGCUCGACAAACCAAGAGGGGACUACACAAUUCGCGUGGUAAACACGGGUCUCAACCAAAUAUUGCACGGCAAUGCGCUGAUGACUUACCAUAACGGAAUUGGUCCAAUUCAACAACACCCAUCAACUCCAUCUAUAGACCUCGUUGGUACACCUACAUCAAAUCACACCCUGUUGAACGAAUCUAUGAUUAUCCCGUUCGCUGCCCAGGACGUGAGUCGAGUAGAUGUCGCUCAAACACUUACCUUGACGCUCGAGCGCUACAAUGCUUCGUACACCUGGACUAUGGGAGACUCAAGCUUUCCUCUACAGCUAGAAGAAGAAUCACCGCUCCUGUUCUACCCCCAAACAGCAUCCAAAAACUUCACUGCUACCAGUAAGAAUGGCACAUGGGUCGACGUGGUUUUUGACGUUGCGAACGCCAUCCAGCCCCCUCAUCCUAUCCACAAACACUCUAACAAAUUCUACGUUCUCGGCGGAGGCAAUGGAAAAUGGAACUACACCUCCGUGGCCGAAGCAGCAAAGCAUAUGCCUGAGAGCUUCAACUUCGAAACACCCCAGAUUCGAGAUACCUUCGCCACUCUUCCUGCUGCUACUGGUCCGACAUGGUUGGCCCUUAGGUACCAUGUCGUCAACCCUGGGCCGUUCCUGUUGCAUUGCCACAUUCAAAUUCACCAAAGCGGAGGCAUGGCAUUGGCUUUGCUAGACGGGAUUGACGAAUGGCCUGAAAUUCCGGAGGAAUAUCAGCUUGCGUGAUUCGAGGAAGUAUCUGAACAGGAGGAUGCUCGUUACAGAUGCCGAAGUAUCACACCGGCUGAGUAACAAGUAUCACAGCUGUAUAUAGAGGUUUGGUCAAUUUGUUGUACGUUCUAGUAAUUAGUAAUAUAUUUAUAAUUCUUCUAC